GUCACUAAAGUACUUUUAAGGAUAUUUACUUUUCGUUUUUGAUGCUUUUUGCUUACAAAAUGUUUGAUAAAGUCUUAUAAAACCAUCGUUUGUCGGUAAAUUUUUGUCAAUUUUCCACGACUCAUUACUUUGAAAAAUUACCUAAAAUACAUCCACGCUAGGAUUUAGGCAUCCACGCUAGAUUAUGGACACUUCACUAUGGCGAAUAGAAAGCGACCAGGGGCGAUAGUCGCAUUUGCCUCAUGUUCGGCGGAAAUCGUUGAGUUCUAGUUGCAGUGAUGCACCACAUAUGGAAGACUGCUGGCUGCAGCAGCAGGCUGGGCCGCUUCCAGCAGGUGGUGUGGUCCCAGCAGCUGACACAGCCCCAGCAGCAGCGGCACUACCAUGCCGAAGAGCGGGGGGUCUAUGGCUACAAGCCAUCCCCACCGAACUCGUACCAAGUGUGUGAGGAGGCGUUGGCAUCGCGCGCCCGUCAGGCAGCCAUCUUCCGUUUGGUGGAGGCUUACCGCACCCAUGCACACAAGGUGGCCACCUUCAACCCGCUCGCUGGUCGGGAGGUCAGGGAGCUGCCGGAACUGGAGCCGGCCCGGUACGGCCUGUCCGACGGUGACCCCGUGUCGCCCGAGGGCCUGGUCUCGGCGCCAGGGGUCAGCACGGUCGGACAGCUGGUGGAGCACCUGAAGACGGCCUACUGCGGCCGGCUGUCGGCACAGUUCACACACUGCGCGACUGCCGAGGAGCAGGAGUGGCUGGCCGAGCGGCUGGAGACGGUCGUCUCCGAGUCGCUCUCCAGCGCCGAGCGGCUGAGGAUCGGCGAGCAGCUCAUCCACUCCCAGGUGCUCGACAAGUUCCUCUCAGUGAAGUUCGCCACGGUGAAGCGGUACGGUGGCGAGGGAGCGGAGGCUACAUCGGCCUUCCUCGGACAGCUGCUGGCGCUGGCCGCUGCAGCCGGUCUGCGCGAGGUGGUGAUGGCGAUGGCCCACCGCGGCCGUCUGAACCUGCUCACCGGCCUGCUGCAGUACCCGCCCGUCCAGAUGUUCCAGAAGAUGCGCGGAAUGCGCGAGUUUCCAGACGACGUGAAGGGCAUCGGUGACGUGCUGUCACAUCUCAAUAGUAACGUGGAUCUUGAGUUUGACGGACACAAGAUACACGCGGUGCUGCUAUCGAAUCCUUCUCAUCUUGAGGCUGUGAACCCUGUGGCGAUGGGUCGCGUCAGGGCCCGGGAGCAGACUGCCGGCUAUGGCGACUACUCCAGCCCGACCAGCCGCUCCGAGCCUGGUGACCACGGACUCUGCGUGCAGAUUCACGGCGACGCGGCGCUCUCGGCUCAGGGCAUAAUCCAGGAGAGUCUGGCCAUCUCCAACCUGCCACACUCGCGUGUCGGCGGCUCUAUCCACCUGGCCAUCAAUAACCAGGUGGGCUACACGACGCCUGAGGCGCGCGGCAGAUCGUCCAGCUACUGUACCGAUGUGGCCAAACUGGUGGACGCGCCCGUCAUACGCGCCAACGGAGACUUUCCCGAGGACGUGGUGCGCGCCUGCCGCGUGGCCUUCGAGUACCGGCAGCGGUUCCGUCGUGACGUGUUCGUGGACCUGGUCUGCUUCCGUCGGUGGGGACACAACGAGCUGGACGACCCGACACUGACCAAUCCGUCCAUGUACCGCAACAUCAACACCAGGGUGAGCGUGCCGGACCGGUUCGUUGACGCCCUGCUCGAGGACGACCUGCUCACCAUGAAGGACGUGGAGCGCAUCCAGGACCAGCGCUACUCGUGGCUCAACCAGCAGCUCGCGCAGGUCGACUCGCACGUGCCUAAGGCGAACCACUUGGAGGGCGGCUGGCGCGGCAUGCAGCAGGCGCCCUCUGCCGUCACCACCUGGGACACGGGCGUCGACCCACAGCUGCUCAAAUACAUCGGCGGACGCAGCGUCGAGUGGCCCUCAAACUUUAACAUCCACCCGAACCUGCAGAAGAUGUUUGUGAAGCAGCGGCGGGACCGCCUGCGGGCCGGCGAGGGGCUGGACUGGGCCACCUGCGAGACGCUGGCGUUCGGCUCCCUCCUGCACGAAGGCACCCACGUGCGGCUGUGCGGCCAAGACGUGGGCCGCGGCACGUUCUCUCAGCGGCACGUGAUGCUCGUGGAUCAGACUACGGAUCACGUGCACGUGCCGCUGAACAGUCUGACGGACGAGCAGACCGGCUUUAUUGAGGUGGCCAACAGCGCUCUGACGGAGGAGGCCAUGCUGGCAUUCGAGUACGGCGUCAGCAUCGAGUCGCCGAACCGGCUGUGCAUCUGGGAGGCACAGUUCGGCGACUUCUUCAACGGCGCCCAGAUCCCGAUCGACACCAUGUUCGCCUCCGGAGAGGCCAAGUGGCUCUACCAGUCGGCUCUGACCAUGAUUCUACCGCACGGGAUCGACGGCACAGGACCGGAGCACUCGAGCUGCCGCAUGGAGCGCUUCCUGCAGCUCACAGACUCCAAGGAGGAUGCCGUCGAUGGUGACGACGUGAACCUGCACAUUGUCAACCCGACCACCCCGGCGCAGAACUUCCACGCGCUGCGCCGGCAGAUGGUGCGCAACUUCCGCAAACCGCUGCUGAUCGUGGGGCCCAAGAUGCUACUGCGGCACCCGCAGGCCACCAGCUCUCUGGCUGACAUGGCGCCAGGCACUCACUGGCUGCCCGUCAUAGAUGACCCGGCGGCCAGCGCGGAACAGGUGCGGACGGUGCUCUUCUGCUCGGGCAAGCACUACUACGCGCUGGCUGCCGAGCGGGCGGCGGCCAAGCGGUCUGAUGUGGCUAUCGUACGGCUGGAGCAGCUGACACCAUUCCCGACUCUGCAGCUGAACGAGAUCAGGGAGAAAUACAGCAAGGCGACCAAGUUUAUUUGGAGCCAGGAGGAGCACAGGAACCAGGGAGCGUGGACCUUUGUUCAGCCGCGAUUCUACAACCUGUGUGCCACCAAGCUCCAGUACUGCGGUCGGGAGGUGCUCGGCGCGCCGGCCACCGGCACCGGUCGCGACCAUCAGCGGGAGGCCAAACACGUCGUCCAAGCACCGUUCAACAUGUGAACCCGCCACCACCUAGCACGCGAAAAGUGAGCAGAAAGCGCCGCAAAGGCUGCCUCGAGCAGCCUCACCGGUUGUAGAGCUUGUCUGUCGGCUAGUGACCUUUCCUCUCGCUCGCUCGCUCGCUCGCUUAGACCGAAUUCUGUAGUUACACUCGAUCUAGGGGUAUUGGUAGUCACGUCUCAAAUCUCUGUUUCUGGGUUAGACCUUCUGACUCUUCUGCUUUGUUGUGUUAUGCCGCUGAGUCAGUGGCCACGUCAGUGACCCAGGAGAUGAGUCUCAUCGGGAGUCAUCACCCUUUCUUGGCGAUGACUCGUGGUCGAAACUAUGACGAAGCUUCUCCAUAUGAUGUUAGUAUCCCCAUCCCUUUUCUCAAGACAGUUAUGUGUGUGCUAAUAAUGUGGCAAUACCGCGUAAGCGGCUGGUUAUUGUGGAUCUGUUUAUGUCGAACGUCUUCCCUUUGCGGGUUUAUCCGCAGAGUUAUGAUGGUUGGGCUCAGGGGUAGGACAACGAUGUAGCUAAGCUCGGGCGUCAGGGUAACUGCGCUGUAACCUGUGCCUUAAGGUGCCAAGUGUUUUGAGAGGUUUGUGAUGAUUAUGGUGGUUACGUGAGAUGUAAAAUAUCCACACCGAGCCCCGUUUACUGCCAUGCGGGGUGUGGACUGUUUGAACUGUCUGUCUGUCCGGAAGCUGUUACGCCGGCCGACGGUAUCGACUUCGAUCCGGUAGUCUCUCAGACAACGGGUAGUGUGAUACGUAUAACGGGGUGUAUUGGGUGCAUGGCUCGACAUAUGACUAGUUUUACAUGACUGUGACGGGGCCGGGCCGAGCACCCGACCCCGCCCGAUGCACAGAGACGCUCAAUACACGAUCAAUGUCA